GUGUUUCAGUUGUCCCAGCUGUGAGGAUUUCUGGUCACGAUGACUCCGCCCCCUCCAGUCCCCAAACCUCGGGCACGAUACACAAGGGACACAACAGGCUCCACCUCAAUUCUUGACAGAAACCUGAUCUUUGAGAAUAAUCCACAGGAUGCAUCCUUGAAUGGGGCUCACCUGAGCACAGGUAAUGAAGCUCCUCCUAUUGGUGGGUCAACCAAUGGUGUCGUCUUUCCAACUCUGGCUGGAAUCACUGACAUCAUCGCCACAAACAUCCCAUCAUUGGCUGGACUUGCCAACUCUAUCGGUGGCUCCACUCCCAUCCCGGCCAGCACCCCGGCCCCCUCGGCUCCGCCCUCCAUAGACACCAUCUCUAACAACAUCUCCACAAGCAUCCCUUGCUUAGCAGGAGCUGUUAGCACUGUGGCUAACUCAGCUGCUGCUUCAAAAGACCCCACCACAACACCUGGUCCUGCUGCCAACGAAGGUGCUGCUAAACUAGAUAGCAUUGUUAGCUCACUAGCUAACAUACCCAGUUUAACAGGAAUUCUCAGCAAUGUGACCCCUGUCACCCCAUCAGCCCCGCCCUCUUCAGGUGGAGACUCUCACACAGGUGUGAAACAGAGUCCUAACCCCAUCAGAGAAAAUUAUCCACACGUGGCUGUGUUGGCUUGUUGGGCAAGCCAAGAGGAACCUGAUACUGACUCAUCCAAUGAGGAGGAAGAUCAGGGAGCUUGCCCUGCCCCCUCUGAUGCAGGUGGUCCAGUAGGAGGAGAUCCUGCUGCCAACCCACCCACAACUACCAACAACUUGCCACUGAGUCCGUCAGGUCGUACGGUCCCCACCCGACCAGCCCCGCCCCCUCCUCUCCCUCCUGGCAAAUCCGGAAAGCCUCUGAAACAGAAGAUCCCAAGAGCCGCCACCAUCCGAGUUUCCAGGAAGAAAGGGGGCAGCAAGAGUUCAACUCCACAGAGCGCAGUGGUCCGAUCCAGCUGGCUGGAUGUCUGGAAAGGCUUCAGACACAAUGUUUUAUGGGCGACGUUGGACGGACAGCUGAUGUCUCUCUGGAAGAAACGUACAGACCGUUUCAGUGAGCUGCUGUUUCAUGUGUCGAGUAUCACCAACAUAAAGAAGCAGGAUAAAGGCCGGUUCGCUGUGUACUUCAGGAAGAAACAUUAUGACUUCAUGGCUCAUAGUGAUGAGGUUCAUGAAGGCUGGGUCACAUCUCUGCUGGCAACUCGUGGCCAGCCAAGCCCUGCCCCUCCAGAACUCCAUGGACAAAUCACCAUCAAGGACCCUCGAAGCCGCGUGUAUGCUGCACUGUGGGGUCACGACCUUUGGAUUUACCCCAACAAGGAGGGCUUCCAGCUGGGCAUCGCCUCAUACUCCGUCCCCCUGAACGUAGCCACGGUGAAGUCUACAGGAAAACACUCCUUCACCCUCAUCACCCCAUACAAGAGCUUCAAUAUUUCAGUUGAUUCGUCAAAGGAUCUGGCCAGUUGGUUGGAGAGUCUGACCUCAUCUAUACGCAGCGCUCUGUCCUGCAGCCAGGUUGCGCAGCGUUUGUGGGAAAACCCUGACAACAAAGUGUGCGGUGACUGUGGCUCGGCCAAUCCUGAGUGGGCGUCGGUCAACCUGCUGCUGGUCAUCUGUCACACCUGUGCAGGUCAGCACAGAUCUCUGGGCAGCAACCUGUCCAAGGUACGCAGUCUGAAGAUGGACAACAAGGUGUGGACUGAACCACUCAUAAAGCUGUUUGUCGCCUAUGGUAACCGGCUGGCCAAUCAGGUGUGGGCUCCAGCAGUACCAGCAGUGGAGCAGCUGCGUCCGGAUUCAUCUGAGGAAGAAAGGUCAAAGUUCAUCCAGGAUAAAUACAGCAUGGGGCGCUACAAACGAGUUCACGCUAUGGCCUCGUCCCAGUCUCUGAUGGACCAGAGGCUGCGUCAGGUGGCGUGUGAAGAGGACAUCGAGGAAACAAUGUCUCUGAUUUGCUCAGGAGCAAAGGUGUGUCAGACAGGCCCUCAGACCCCUUCUGCCACCCUGCUGGCUGAAAGAGCCAAUCAGGCUCUGCAGACAGAGCUGCUCCGCCUCAACGAGUACACAGUGGUCCCACCUUACAUGCCCCAGUCAGCCAGUAGGAAGCAAGACUCCGCCCCCUCAGGUGAAGAAGAGGAAGAGCUUCAUGGUAAACUGGAGGACGAUCGUUUUCUGUUUUCAUUGGAAAACAACUCGGCAGCAUGUGACGUCCUCGACCUGCGAGAGGUUCUCUCUGUGUUCAUCAAACCUGGAGGACAACAUCAGUUUGAGAUGGUGACCCUCAAUGAUCAGCUGGUCUGUGACGCUGAUGACCAGGAGGUGCUGUUGAGUCACCUGAGCCACAUCCUGAAGGUGAUUCUCCCCGGAGGCGUGUCCUAUGCCGAGGUGGGAGGGACUUCAGCUGCUAGCAAAGUGUCUGUGGUUGAAGUGGGCGGAGCUUCGAGUGAUGCCUGGUUGUUACUGUGGGAGGACGGAGUCAGCCUUCAUCCGGUCAACAGAAACACUCAGCAGCCUGUGAGGAUGGAACUGAACGCGCUUAGUCACCAUGAAAUGAACCCAUCUGAGAAUGGUAUCACCAUGGCAACCACAGACAGGAGUGUGUCGGUGCGUUUUGAGGAGCAAAACAGCUGUCAGACCUGGUUCAACCACCUGCAAAGAGCUCUGACCAAUCAGAAAGCAGCUCCACGGCAACCCCCUGCAGCAGCCAAUCACAGGCCAGCUCGUCCGUCUCUGUAUCCACAGAUGGAUCUGAGCUCAAAGGGUUCGGUCCCCGUCGCCAUCCAACGCUGCAUCUCCCACAUCACAGCACAUGGUCUGAAGGUGGAGGGUGUGUAUCGCCGUUGUGGCCUUGCUCCAAAAGUCAGCCGGUUAGUUGAGGUUCUGAUGACGUCACCAGGCUCUGCCCCCCUGGAGACUGACGAGCAGGGCGUGUUGGACGCUGGCUCCGCCCUCAAACAGUUUGUCCGCCAGCAGGAGAGUCUGGUCCCAGAUAGAGAACUACAACAAUGGCUGCACGCUGCAGGUAUUCCUGAAGAACGUUCCAGGUUCACAGCCUACAGACGGUUGCUACGGAAACUUCCUGACGACAACCGAGCAACACUGAACGCACUGUUUGGACACUUUUACAUGGUCCAGGUGUUCUCUCAGGUAAACAAAAUGUCGGCUCACAACCUUGCUGUGGUUCUGGUCCCGACUCUGUUUCAGAACAUAAACCAGGACCUGAUGCAGCUGACCCGAGAGUUCAUCAUCCACCACACACUGCUCUUUCUGAGGCCCGGAGGAGGGGAGAGAGAGGAGGAGCAGGAGGAGGAGGAGGAGAUCACUGCUUUAUAAAGGGAAGGACGAGGAGGACG